AUGUCGGCAAAAGCAGUGAACGAGUUUUGUGGCAAAGAAUUACUUUAUCGCCAUCUUGAUAAACUGAAUUUUUUGGUAAAACCACGUGCUGUACACAUUGGAGGGAACGAAGAUUUCAAUGCUAAGACAUGCCAUGUUGAGUGGCUACAGAACAAUCAGAAAGCAGUCAUCAAACCUGAUCAAUUGAUCAAAAGACGUGGAAAGUUGGGCUUGGUAAAGUGCGGAACGGCAAAUGAAUUACGUGCCUGGUUCGAUGAAAAGAAAGACCAAUCGUUCCAGGUGGGGAAAACUACUGGUCGGCUGCGUCAGUUCAUUAUCGAACCCUUUUGUGAGCAUCAGGCAUCUGAUGAGAUGUACUUUGCAAUUUUCAGUAAACGAAAUCAUGAUAUUAUCAUGUUUUAUGAAUGCGGAGGUGUUGAUGUUGGAGAUAUAGAUGCCAAGGCUCGACGUCAUAUGGUUCCCAUUGAACAGUCAAAUGAAGCUAUGACUAUUUCUGAUGAUGAUUGUGAAAAGUUGCUCGCAGGAGUCAAAAGCGACAGAAUGCAAAAAUUAAAGGAGUUUGUGAGGAAUAUUUAUGCCGUUUAUAAAGAACUGUACUUCACUUAUCUGGAGAUAAAUCCAUUAGUUUUUUCAAAUGAAAAUUUAUACAUCCUUGAUCUUGCUGCAAAGUUGGACGAAACUGCUCUCUUCUUGUGUUCGGAGAAGUGGAAAACUCGAGAUGGUCAUCCGGUUGAUUUUCCCGCACCUUUCGGUCGGGAUUUGACUGCGGAGGAGGAAUAUGUUGCUGAUCUGGAUGCGAAAACAGGGGCGUCUUUGAAAUUGACAAUAUUGAACCGGAACGGGAGGAUCUGGACUAUGGUCGCCGGUGGUGGUGCGUCAGUUGUUUAUGCUGAUACUGUGUGUGAUUUGGGCGGCGUUUCUGAACUGGCUAAUUAUGGGGAGUACUCUGGUGAUCCUAGUGAAGUUCAGACAUAUGAGUACGCUAAAACAAUACUUAGCGUUAUGACAGAAGGUCCUGUCCAUCCACAGGGCAAAGUCCUCAUUAUUGGCGGUAGUAUUGCAAACUUUACAAAUGUGGCGAAGACUUUUAAGGGUAUUGUUCGAGCAUUUGAGAGUUUCCAAGAGCGCCUUCAUGAACAUAAAGUUACAGUUUACGUCAGGAGGGGCGGGCCCAACUAUCAAGAAGGACUGCGGAGGAUUAAAGAAAGUGGUGUCAAGCUGGACAUUCCUAUUUAUGUUUACGGACCUGAAACUCACAUGACCAGUAUCGUUGCGGCUGCAUUAGGUGUUCGACCUCUUCCAGAUGCCCCUUCUGCUCCGCAAACAACUGGACAUUUUCUUUUACAGCCUGGAAGAAAUACUGCUGGAACUGUACCUUCCGCACCUAUUUCUAAUCUUCCUACUUCACCACGUCGUGGAGAAAAAAAAAGUGUUGACAAGGCAAUGAGGGCAACUUCUUCGAAGAUAUUUCCGAAACUUUUUGAAAGUGAUUCUAAGGCUAUUAUAUGGGGACAGCAAAUAAAAGCAAUUCAGGCAAGUUUUUUAACAGAGUUUCUCGGCGGUAAUUGUUAUACGCUUCAGGAGCAAUACUUUGGGAUGCUCGAUUUCGAUUUUGUAUGUGGAAGGGAGCAGCCUUCUGUAGUUGCUUCCACUUAUCCGUUUACUGGCGACCAUAAGCAGAAAUUUUACUUUGGACACAAGGAAUUUUUUAUCCCAGUAUAUAAAUCAAUGAAAAAAGCAUUUAAUUCUCAUCCAGAUGCGUCUAUUAUGGUUACUUUUGCUUCCCUUCGUUCUGUGUAUGAAACUGUUUUGGAAGCACUGGAAUAUAAACAGAUUCGAGUAAUAGCCAUGAUAGCUGAAGGAGUUCCAGAAAAUCUUACACGGAAGUUGAUAAAGGUAGCGAAUGAAAGGGGUGUUACCCUUAUUGGGCCGGCUACUGUUGGCGGUAUUAAGCCAGGUUGCUUCAAAAUCGGUAAUACAGGAGGAAUGAUGGAUAACAUUUUAUCAUCUAAACUUUACCGCCCGGGAAGUGUUGCGUACGUUUCGCGCUCUGGUGGUAUGUCUAAUGAACUAAAUAAUAUUAUUGCGCAAAAUUCAAAUGGUGUCUAUGAAGGAAUAGCUAUUGGAGGUGAUCGUUAUCCGGGAAGCACUUAUGUUGAACAUAUCCUUCGUUAUGAGGAAGAUGAAGAGGUGAAAAUGAUAGUGAUGUUGGGAGAAGUAGGUGGUGAUGAAGAGUACAAAGUAGUGGGACUGUUGAAAGAAAAUAGAAUAACCAAACCGCUGAUUGCGUGGUGCAUUGGUACUUGUGCUGACUAUAUAACUUCAGAGGUUCAAUUUGGACAUGCGGGUGCUUCAGCAAAUGCUAGCACAGAAACUGCAGCAGCUAAAAAUGCCGCUCUACGAGAGGCCGGAGCAUUUGUCCCUAAGUCGUUUGAUGAUCUGGGUAGUAUGAUUAAGAAGGUUUAUGAAGACUUGAUUGCCAAAGAGCAAAUCAUUCUUACAGAAGAAGUUCCACCUCCUGCUGUUCCGAUGGACUACGCUUGGGCACGGGAGCUGGGAUUGAUUAGAAAACCGGCUUCAUUUAUGACUUCUAUAUGCGACGAACGUGGUGAAGAGCUGUUGUAUGCUGGUGUUCCAAUUACUAGGGUUUUGGAACAAGGGCUUGGCAUCGGUGGAGUUCUAGGUCUUCUUUGGUUCCAGAAACGUCUUCCGGAUUACGCUAACAAGUUUAUUGAAAUUUGUCUAAUGUUGACAGCGGACCAUGGUCCUGCAGUCAGUGGUGCACAUAAUACGAUUGUUUGUGCCCGUGCUGGCAAAGACCUUAUUUCUUCCUUAGCGUCAGGGUUAUUGACUAUUGGAGAUCGCUUUGGUGGUGCGUUGGAUGGGGCUGCGCGGCAGUUCAGUGAAGGAUUCGACAAAGGACUAAGCCCAAUGGAGUUUGUAAAUGAACAGCGAAGGCUUGGAAAACUAAUAAUGGGCAUUGGGCAUCGCGUUAAAUCGAUUAACAAUCCGGAUAAACGUGUUGUGAUUUUAAAAGAAUACGCAUUGGAUCGUUCAAAAUUCAAACAGGAUACACCGCUUUUGGACUACGCCAUGAAAGUUGAACAAAUAACUACUGCUAAGAAACCAAAUCUUAUUCUGAAUGUAGACGGUGCUAUCGGUGUAAUUUUUGUUGACAUUCUCCGCCACUCGGGUAUGUUCACUCCUGACGAAGCUCAAGAAACUAUUGAAAUAGGAGCUUUGAAUGGCUUAUUUGUGCUGGGCAGAAGCCUUGGUUUCAUAGGCCACUACUUGGAUCAGCGCCGUUUGAAACAAGGCCUCUACAGACAUCCUUGGGAUGAUAUAACGUACGUUAUGCCGGAAUUUUCGGUGGAAAAUGACAGUUAA